AUGACGGUCUCACAUACCACAAUUUCCACAACGAGAGAUCGGAAACGUCGAGAACAGAAGCCCCGCGUUCUGUUGUCUUGCACGUCAUGCAGGGAGAAAAAGCUGAGAUGCAGCCGGGAACGCCCCUGCACAAACUGUAGGAAACGGGGCCAGGAUACAGCCUGUCAAUACAUUACCGAGCGUUCGAACCCCUCGACAUCGGGGAAGUCAGAACCUAUCGACGUACGCAAUGACCUGCAAUCUUUGAAGGAAAGGUUGCUCUUCUUAGAAAGGCAAGUCACGCGGGAUUGCAACUCUUCUUCCACGUCUCGGGAUGAUAGGCUUCACGUUGGCGAGAGUCCCAGCAGAAAUUCUAGCGAAAGUGAGGUAGCUUCGACGGGAUCACAAGUUCCCACAGGAGGAAAUUCCUUAAGUGUUUGCUUCCUGGCUGGGAAAAGUGGGACUCGAUUCGUUAAUCCAAGUCACUGGCAGGCAAUUAUGAACGAUGCGAAUCACGAGCUCAAUCGAGAAGAUUGCAGCGAUAAUGAUGGCCAAGACGCUAAUGAGAUCUCUCGGUCGGAAGGCCCAGUCCUGCUACUGGGAAUUUCACGGAUGAUGGACAUGGCAGAGCUUCUAAAUGCACUACCGCCUCGCGAAACCGCAGAUUUGCUCUACCUGAAAUUCUGGGAUAACCCCGCUGGAACACCGGUCGCUUGGAUCGCACUAUUGUAUACAAUCCUCUCUUGUGGGAUAUACAUCCAGCAUACGGCAGAUCCGAAAGUGUCCUCACUAGACUUGCCUGGAGCAUUCUAUGUGUACCGUAAUAAUGUUGAAGCAUCCAUCUUAUACCUCGGUAUCGAGUACCUCCAAAGCAACGACCACAAAACAGGACUCCCAAUGUUACUCAGCGUUGUGUCGCGACUAGCAAUCAUGAUGGGAUAUCAUCGGGAUCCUCAGCUCUACCAUCUCCAAAUAUCGAGUUUUGAAGCAGAAAUGCGGCGCAGAGCAUGGCUUCUACUGAUCACAAUCGACUCCGUACUUGCGUGGCAUACAGGUCUACCCAGGGUUGUAAGUCAUAGUCUAGGCGAUGUAAGGCCGCCCAGAAACCUUCUGGAUAGCGAUUUUGGUCCAGAAACUACUGUCCUUCCUCCUUCGCGCCCCGCAGAUGAGGUCGCCAGCAACAUUGUAUACAUGUCGGCAAUGGAGCGGAUGCUGUCUGUUGCCAACGAAGUCGGCGAUAUGGCUUCACACCCUUCCCUACUCCCUGACAGAACUCUUGAAUUAAACAUGAAACUGGAAAAUACCAAGAGACGCUUGCCUAGUAUACUUCAGUUGCAGUCCCCAGAAAUAUGGGCAUCGGAUGAUGAGACUGUGAUCAAACAGUACUCUCUGGAAAUAACGUAUCAGCGCGCGCGAUGCAUCUUACAUCGUCAUUACUUGACGGCCCUAUAUCCAGAUCCGCAUAAGGGACUAAGAUCCGUGUGCGUGGAUGCAGCCCAGCAGGUGCUAACUCUCUAUUCGGAACUAUUCCAAGUUCUGGCUAGAACACAUAAUCAGAAGCUAGCGUGGUUUGGGGCAUCUCGCUCAAUUUCUGAUUGCUUGACAGCUGCCAUGGUAAUAUCUUUGGAAGUGAUAACACAAUCAAAAAAUGGCAGAACGGUGGGAAUUACGCCCCAGGGUGAUCUCAUUGAGCUAUUGAAAGCCUCCCAAAUAUCCUGGAGAAGCUCACCAAGGCCAUCGUCGGAGACCCUCAAAGCUGCACGUAUAAUUGGUACAAUGCUAGAUCUAUUGGGAUAUGGCGGGGCGGGUCCCUUGCUUGCCUCAUAUGGGGCUCAAGAAGGGCAGCAGAAUCAUAGAGAAAGCACAGAGACGUUCUUACGAUCCCCAAGUAUGAUGCAUGACAUACUGACGGGGGAUUCUGCGUUGGAAAUUUUUGACUGGGUAAGGUGUACUGCUCCAUCGCACUUAUUACGCUGA